CAAAUAUGUAGUUGAUGUGUCCUGGACCGACUUGAGAUAACAUCCGUGUGCAUGACACUUCCUCCUGUGAUGGUGAAGGAAACUGCUCAUUAUUUGAGGAUUUCUGUGGAGACGUUCAGAGGAGCACCUCACAGCAUGCACACAGACGAGGCGCUGAGAGACGUCAGUCCCCGAGAGGUGAAGGUGAUUCAUUUCUCUAGUGGAGAGACUCUGACAGAGGAGGAGGACAGCGAGGAAGAGGAGGCACAGCAUCAGCUUCAUCAAGCGCCCAGUGUUUCUGACCCGGGAACCUGGACAUGGAAGGAUUAUUCUCGGUUUUGGGGAACACUGAUUUUGAGGAAAUCCUUACUGCUUUGUGAUUUUCUUGGAGAGAAAAUGGCUGGUUUGCUGGGUCUGAAUACUGCCAAAUAUCAGUACGCUGUUGACCAGUAUCAAAGACAACAUAAGAAUGAAACAGAAGGAGAAGUUUUAUCCGCAAGCACCGGUGUGAAUGAUGAAGAGAUAAUUAACCUGUCAAAAAUAGCAAGCAAAAACACACAGUAUGGAGCUACAAAUGUGCAGGAGCUGGAAGAAACACUACGAUAUAAAGGGGAGCAGAAUGAAGGAUACAACUCUUAUGAAUAAUGGAUUGUGAUUUUUUAAAUUUUUUAUUUUAUUUACUUGUUUAAUUUAUAAAUGUCACACUAAGCAUUGAAGGUAUUUCUGAUACACAAAUAAAAAACUUUGGUUCUUCCAUGUCCAGAAUUGUCAUUGUUAGUUAAUCUUUUAGAUUUAAAGUUAAGCAGCCCUUAUUCAAAUUUAGGCCGCUUACGCAUACUACAUUUCCCGGCUUGCACUUCGGUAAUGCGAAGAUGUGACCGAAGGGUGCGCAUGCGCAGAUCUCUCGCUACUUGCUUAAAACGGGCGGGGUCUGUUAUUUCUGACUGGUCAGGUACGUUGGCUCUAAAUCGUGUUUCUAAUAUUUUAAAUACAUUUUAAAUUGAAUAUAUAUUAAAGUAUCUCGGUGCUGUUGUUUAAGCGUAAUUUACCCUAGCGACGUAAGGCGUGCGGAAUUGUCACGUGGUAAAUGUUACAUUUCUCAGCGCUGGUCAAAAUGAACCAAUCAUAGCCGUUUUUGCUAACUAGAGAUUAAUUUUUAAUAUAAAAAUAUAGCGAAUCCUCUAAGGUAGAUUUCUAAUGUGUGAAGCC